ACCAGCCGGUGGUACCUCGCAGAAUACUCAUCGAGCCUGAUUGGUUUUUAACGAUGUCGUAGCAUUUCUCCCGUACUACUGUUAACAUUGAACUUAUUAAAGCGAUUGUUGCUUCAUCCGUUUCCAUAUUCCAACAUCCUAAUCGCUCCAGUCAGGUAAACACAAACAUGUUGUGACUGUCGGAGCGUCAAAAAAUCUCACAUCCAUAAAUUGUUAUGUAAUUAAGCUUAAAUGUAAUUUUAAUUAAAGAACUGCGGAUUUAAUAAUAGAGUAAUUUAAAAAAAAGUGUGUCAGACUUUAGUUAUUAUUUUUUUUGUUAGUUUGCCGGUGCAUCGUGAAGAGCGUGAAAGUGUUGUGCGGUGACAGUGACAGUGAGAUAGAGACAUUUUCAGUGAAUAGGGCUAGCCGGAUCAUAUCAGACAAAAAUGUCCUGGAUAUCUCAAGUAGUCGGAUUGGCAUUGAACGUGCUGUCGUUCCCUUUCACAACUUCGCAGGAUGGACGAAGUGCUCCUGCCCUUUUUCCAUUUGACACCCUCAGGAAUAUGCAGGAGCCAUGUACUUCGUUCACAUUCAGGAUGGGUGAGAACGAGUUGAAAUUCACCGCCCUCCCCAGAGGUUUCUGCUCCAAUUGCUGUCCAGGCGUGAUGGAGAGGGACGUUCGGUUAGUGGCCUACACGAGGGACACUGCAGAUUCGGGCGUCGAGAUCGGCCUCAGGCCAGGGGCGGCACGGAAUGCGGGCAUCCGGGCAGAGUGGCCCACGGCCAUUUUCAUACACGGCUUUACCGAGCUGUCACCGGGGCAGAGUGGACGAACGAUCAUUGAUGCUUAUCUGAGCCGUAAGGAUAACCACAACAUCAUCCUGGUCGACUGGUCCGAGCUGAGCACCUUCCCGUGGUACCAAACAGCGGUGGAAAACGUGCAGAAAGCCGGAAGCCACUUGGCGGAAUUCCUCGGCCUAUUCAAUAACACCGGGGAGCUUCCGAUCGGGAAUGUGCACGUGAUCGGCUUCAGUCUGGGAAGCCACGUGGCCGGCAUCGCCGGGAAGAUGUUGCCUGAGAAGGGUCUCAGGAUACCGAGAAUUACCGCGCUGGAUCCUGCUCUGCCCGAAUUCCCGCUGAAUGAUACUUCCAGGAGAAUAACAGCAUCAGACGCAGAUUACGUAGACGUUAUCCACACAGAUUCGGGUAUUUUUGGGCUUCCGAUUUCUGUGGGACAUGCAGAUUUCUAUCCCAAUGGUGGUAGAGCACUUCAGCCUGGUUGUCAACCCAGCUAUUUAGUUAGGCAGAGGAUCAUCGAUCAAGUCUUUGCUUGCAGCCAUGUGAGGGCUUGGAAGUUGUACGCAGAAUCUGUGAGAAAUGAUAAGGCAUUCCCAGCUACCAAAUGUACACUAUGGAGAGGUCCUGAAAAACUCUGUAACUUCACUGUAGAUGCUUAUUUGGGAUACAUCAAUAACGGGAAAGCAAAAGGAUCGUAUUUCCUGAUAACACAUGAGACCAAACCGUAUGGGAGAAGACGUAAAAAGAUCCGCUCUUAAACAACUCGAAAACGUGAACCUGACUGUGAUAUGUAUAUGAAAGUGAGAUUUGCACUCGGGGUCCAUGAUAACGUAUUGGGUCCGAUGAUAUUUAUAGUUCAAUACCCUGACAAACUCACAAGUACAUUAUUUUAGCAUAAUGUUUUCUUUGUAGUCGAUCGAAAUUUGUAUCAAAUGACUGAAACUGUUGUCUGCAAUGUAAUUUUGGGCCAUGACAUUGGUAGUUUAUAAGCAUUUAAAUAGACUAAGUAGGUAGUUUCGUAAUAAUAGAAGUGUAGAUCAGGCUGUAGAUUUCAUGAGAUAAAGAUAUUUUAUAUGGUUGUAUAGGAAUAUAUGUGUAUGUGCAAUAAUAGUUAAUGUUUAUCUAGAUUUAGAUGCU